AGAAUUGCUCCUCUGAUAUUGGCGAAUAGCUCAGGAAUUGCAAUUUGAAGGAAUUGCAGCACUGAAACUCGUCGAUUGCAUAAACAGACUCUGAGAGUCUUUCAGGAAAUUUAAACAUUGUUGCUGGCGUCUCAGACAAAUAACAAGAAAAGUCCUCGAGCGAGAGACUGGGAACAGUUUUGUAUUUUGAUUUGAUUUCCCGCCAAAAAAUCGAUGACCAAUUCGUCCCAGCAAGUAAAGAUGGCAGCGAAAACGAAAGUUAUUCUUUUUAGCUGUGGAAGUUUCAAUCCAAUUACUCACAUGCAUUUACGUCUUUUUGAGCUUGCUCGAGACGCUUUGAAUAAAACUGGUAUUUUCGAAGUUAUAGCUGGCAUCAUUUCACCGGUUAAUGAUGCCUACAACAAGGAGGGUUUGAUUCAUUCAAGACAUCGAAUAGAAAUGGUUCGAUCAGCGACCCAAGGAUCUGACUGGCUUAGGGUUGACGAUUGGGAAGCAAAGCAAUCGGAAUGGCAACGAACAAGGCUUGUGCUUGAUAAUGCGAAAGAGAAGUUGUCUAAAGGAGAACCACCUUACACAAAUUUACGGCUUAACGGAUGCUCAGCAAAGAUUAAGCUACUUUGUGGAGCAGAUAUGUUGGAGUCAUUCUCGGUUCCAGAUCUUUGGUCAACAGAUGACAUGGAAACAAUUGCAGGGGAUUAUGGAAUGGUUGUCAUAACAAGGGAGGGUUCAAACCCUGAGCGAUUUGUCAACGCAACAGAGCUUCUCAGAAGAAGAAAGGAUUCAAUUCAUAUCGUUACGGAAUGGAUUUAUAAUGAAAUUAGCGCCACAAAAAUAAGGCAAGCACUGCGAAAUGGAGACAGCGUAAGAUAUUUGAUUCCGGACCCAGUUAUUGAGUACAUAAAUAAAAAUAAACUAUACAAAUCAUAAUUUGCAAAUUUUUUGUAAGCAAUCUAGUUAUAUUGAAAUCAUGCUGCCCCUGUUCUGUUUGCAAGGUAGCAUUGUCAUUGAUUAUGUCGUGUAAUUACGCACAUCAGAUGUAUGCCUUUUCAUGCUAUUGUGGUCUUAUUACGGUCUGCAAUUGUUCCACCCAUAUCUAGUUCUUAUCUUACUACGGAAUCCAAGAAGUAGAGAAAUCAAUUGAUUGUAGUAAAUCCCUUUGUUUUUCAACUGUUAUAUUUACGAAAAACUGGCUUUGCUUCCUUCAGCUUCGCUACCUGAUUGUUUAUUUCAACAUUCUGUACUGAAAUAUAUGAUUCAUGGUUUUGGGAGAAGCAGCCUUUAAAGUAUCUGUCGUAUGUUGUACAAUGCAACAAUUCAACGAUACAUGAUGCCAUGGCUAACACGCUUAAGCUAUUUAGGAGAAUCCCAUUCAUUUAUAUUUUAUUUUGUCCCGAAAGGGUUACCGAAUGUGAAAGCCUAGGAUGUAUAGUUCUUGGUCGAGGAGAAAGUUUAAGUUAUUUAUAAGCAGAUUUUUCGAGGUGUUUUCAUUCCUACAUCAAUAUUAUGUCUAGCGUCUGUACUUGCUUAGUCUCUCCUUGAAAAAACUAAAAGUCAGCACCUUUCGUAGGGUAGAAAAUACGUACGGCUACAUACAUCAAACUGUACAUUUUGCAAGAAGUUUGGUGGAUGUAGCCUACAGCGGUGCAUACUCUGAGAACUAAAUUUGCAGGCGGCCAAAUGACCCGCUGUAAAUAUGAUAAAGUCGGUGUCCUUUGAGCUCGAAAGGAAGGAAAUGAGAGUGGGUCGUUUUGCGCUCUUACUCUCCUCAACUCUGAGCAGGUGCAUUUGCAUGCGUGGUGAAUUUUGGACGUGUUCAAAGCAACUACGUAGGUGAAUGAGCGUUUCUGGGAACUAAACGAAUAAGCAGGAUCAACAAACGUGUUUGUCCUUUGUGCGGUUCAUUUACCGAUACCUACAAACCUUCCCUAAGUAACAAUCGCCUUUUCAACGACGCUGCUUGCGAAUGUCAUUCGUGUGAUCGCUCCGUUUUGGGCUGUGGGAAUAAAACCAAACAUUUAGAACAGUUAAAUCCAGAACCACACUAACAUGAAAAGGCAAUCUGUGUUUUUAUGAUUGUUAUUUUUAAUGAUUUCUUACUUGUUUUCAUAUUUUGAAUAGAAAUUCAAUGCGUGUCUUGGUAUUCAUUAUAAUAAGAUCUCAGAGUGACCAUAUUGUCUAAGCCUCCUUUUGAUUAAAGAAGUAAGAUAUUUUCUAUCACACUUUGAGCUAAAUGAAUUCCACGGGCCAAAAGAUAAUGUAAUUCAUGCUUUUUGAAGCAUCAUUCAUAAUCAAGAUGACAUUCAAAUUCUGUGGCUUGCAUACAGGUUGCACUUCUUUUGAAAUUUCGUUUCGUAUCCUUGCAAAGUUCAUCGGCAUAGAAUUUGAGGAUCUAACUUUCAAAGAAAAGUUUCUUUUAUGUUAGUACUUCAAGCUAAGACCUGGAGUGCGUCUUGUUGACCACCUUUGAGAAUUUGGAUUUUUAUUAAAAGGAGAACCCAUAAAGAGCUUUCGUCAAGGAUAAGGCCCUUGUAAAGCCAAUCAAUGUGCUUGUAAUAUAGAACCCACGUUAUGUUUGUGAACUCGGUAUUCUUCGUUUUGCAGUCAUUUGAGAAUUAGCUUCAUUUAUUCGAUGCCGUCAAUUCUUUUAAUUUUUCUGAACAAAUCGAAGGGAUCUGUGUCAUCUUUUAAAUUGAUAGCUCAAGAUAAGGUUCUCUUAGUGUAAUAAAAAUAAUUGGACAUGGUUUAGAAUAAUUUGUUGCACUCUAUUAUACUAAUUGUCCUUAUCUUAGUGAUGUAAUUACGGUUUGAAUUGUGCAUUCUAUAAGUCACGAAGUUUUGCAUAUUUUUAUAGCAUGCAAUAAAUAUCUUCAUUA